AAAAUAAAUUCUAUUCAGUGACAACACAACAAAAAAAAAAGAAAGAAUAAAAAUAGAGGAAAAAGAAAUUAAAACUACUACAAAAAAAAACCCAUUGAAAUAGAAAAUUGAUACAGAAAAUGAAAUGAAAUCCAACAAAAAAUGAAGAAAAAGUGCCUAUAGAAAAUAAAAAUAUUUGCUGUUAAACACCACAACGAAUAAAAAAAAUAUAACAGCUUAGAAAAAAUAAGUGCUUCAAGUAAAAACAAAGUGAUCGCAUCAAACAAAAAACAAGCCAACCAGUCAAGUGAAAGAAUGAAAAAUGAAAUAUAAGUGCAGAUAAUCCCUAAUGCAUAAUCCUCCCACAUACGAAUAAACUAAAAGCAAAGUAGAAAAUAGAAAAAAGUGAAAUUUUGUAACGUUCCUGCAUCAUCGCUAACUUCUUCACCUUUUGCCACCUACCACCCCAGCCAGCAAUCAAUCCAGUUUAACGCCACCAACAACACCUGCUGCUGUAUAUUUUCCAACUAAUAGUAAUAAUAAUACCCAUUAUUAUUGUUAUUAUUAUCUCAUUCGUUUCUAUUCUUUCGUUCCUUCGUUCGUUUGCCCGUAUUAAUUGUCAUCUCUAUCAACAUGGCUUUUGCGAAAGUACCAGCGAUAAACGUUUUUGCGGUUAAACGUCAAAAUCGCUUGCAUGCGCAUUUGUUUUGAUCGGCUGUGCUUCGCCAGAGAGAGGCCAGCCUCAAGAGACAACAAUCAGAGAGCGACAAAUAAUGCUACCACCCACCAGCAGAAUGUUAGUAAAUCAACUAGUCCAAGUUCAGAUGGAAUCAGUGUCAUCACCAAAAGUCCCUGCACAAAAGCCACAGCAACAUUAGCCCCCCAGCUACACCAGCCAGAUAAACAGAAAACCUUCCUCAACUCCAGUUUAGGCAAGGCACCAGCCACGUACAGAUCUACAGCCACUUUAGGGCCAACGGAUGGUGCUUCAAUCAAUGCGCUGGAUCCUCCUUUACCUUCGAAUCCCUCUCAGACACCCCCAGCAGCUAUACAAACAGACAAGUGCCUAAGUGACAGCACCCCCAGAGCGGCAAAUACAGCGAAUAGUUGGGCUAAAGCAGAUCAAAGCAACAAUCCAUCGCUCAUCGCUAAUUCAUCCAGGUCGUCGUUGUUAUUGUUGUUGAAUGCCCAGCAACAGACGGUAGCAACAACAAAAUCAACAACAUCGCCUCAACAAGAGGAGGUGGAAGCGGCUAGAGCGGAAGCUAAGCAAAACACACCCACGCCCAACAUAAAUAUUUUGGAAAAACAAUCUUCUUCUUCUUUGGCUGCUACCGCUGCGGCUGUGAGCAAAGCGGAAAUUUUCCCAGCCCGGUCAACCACAGAGGAGGCAGCCUCAACAUUGGAGGCCAACAACGUUGAAUUGCGUCACAGCAACGUUAGCAACGACAAAGUUAGCCAACACCACCACCAGCAGCAGCAACAUCAACCGCAAAGUAUAGCCGCCACAUCUCAGAGCAACGAAGCAGACGCCAACGGCGAACACAUAGUCAUUGCCAACGGCAAAGCCGACUCAUCCCACCCAACCGAGGCAGCAGAAUCACCAACAGCUAAAAUGCAGCAAGAACCGAAUGCCAACAUCCAGUUCCAACCCGAUCUGGGUCUCGUGAACAACAAUAAUUUGCAAGCGCUCGGAGGCACAUUGAUCGACAAUAGCACCGGUGCCAUACGUUUAUCAUUGCCGCUAAAUUCCACGGACGUGUUAACGCAUACCCUCAUCUACGGUACAGUGCCCACGGGGGCGCCCCAACUGAACGCCGAUCCGAAUUUGCAAACCCGCAAUUAUCUGCACCAGCAGGAACUCAAUCUGCAGCAACGCUAUCAGCAAUUGCAACAGUUUCAGGCACAGACACAAGGGCUAUACGCCUCAACACCCUCCGCCCCUCCCAUUAUCCUGCAACCGACCGCUGGUCCGGCACCUGUGGGAGCGGUUUAUGCCGCUGGCAAUCCGCCCGACUAUUGUACGCAACACAAGCUCUUGGCAGCCCAAAUGCAGGGUCUGUGUAUUUCCACGCCCAAUGCCACCCCAAGUCCAGUCAAUGCGGCGGGCUCCGUGCUGGAUGCUACCGCAGGCGGUGGCUACAAUGUGCACAACAGCAAUAACAAUUCAGCCUAUGUGCCGUCCACAGCCCAGGAGGAGCGUCUCUUGCAAUGCAUACAGGCCAAGGAUCUGAAGAUACAGGAAAUGCAACGAGCCUUACAGUACAAGGACAAUGAAAUAGCUGAGCUCAAGUCUCAUUUGGAUAAGUUUCAGAGUGUUUUCCCCUUUUCACGCAGUGGAGCCACCACUCCUUGUGGCGGAGUCUCCAGCAGUGGCGGAGCUAGCGGUGGGGCUGGAGCGGGAGCAGCUGCAGCUCUGGCAUUGGGCGGUGUUCGCAAGUCUGGUCAAUCGUUUCAGCGGCAACGUGCUCAGGGUAUAUCAGCUGAGCCGCAAAAUGAAUCCAGUGUGCUGUUGAACAAUGUGACGUUCCAAAAAUAUGACAAAGAUGACCAAUCCCGUGAACUUAUCAAAUCUGCCAUAUUGGAUAAUGAUUUCAUGAAGAAUCUGGAUAUCACCCAAAUCCGUGAGAUUGUCGAUUGCAUGUAUCCGGUUAAAUAUGCCGCCAAGAGUCUUAUCAUCAAAGAGGGCGAUGUUGGCAAAAUUGUCUAUGUCAUGGAAGAUGGACGCGUGGAAGUCUCUCGCGAAGGCAAAUACUUAUCGACAUUGUCGGGCGCCAAGGUCUUGGGUGAAUUGGCCAUUUUAUACAAUUGCCAACGCACAGCCACCAUCACCGCCAUUACCGAGUGCAAACUAUGGGCCAUUGAGCGACAAUGUUUCCAGACCAUUAUGAUGCGUACUGGCCUUAUACGUCAAGCUGAAUACACGGACUUCUUGAAAAGCGUGCCCAUAUUUAAAAAUCUCCAGGAAGAUACUCUCAUCAAGAUUUCGGAUGUCUUGGAAGAAACCCACUAUCAACAGGGUGAUUAUAUUGUGCGUCAAGGAGCUCGUGGCGAUACCUUCUUCAUAAUCUCCAAAGGUCAGGUUAAAGUCACAAUCAAACAGCCCAACACCCAAGAGGAAAAGUUCAUACGAAUUCUCACAAAAGGAGACUUUUUCGGUGAAAAAGCUUUGCAAGGAGAUGAUUUGCGCACAGCCAAUAUCAUUUGCGAUUCGCCAGAUGGCGUCACCUGUCUGGUCAUCGAUCGUGAAACCUUCAAUCAAUUAAUAUCGAAUUUAGAUGAAAUCAAGCAUCGUUACGAUGAUGAAGGAACUCUGGAAAGAAGGAAAAUCAAUGAGGAAUUCCGCAAUGUCAAUCUCACCGAUCUGCGUGUAAUUUCCACUUUGGGAGUCGGCGGUUUUGGUCGCGUUGAAUUGGUGCAAAUCAAUGGCGACGCCAGUCGCUCCUUUGCCUUGAAACAAAUGAAGAAAGCCCAAAUUGUGGAGACCCGCCAACAACAGCAUAUCAUGUCCGAGAAGGAAAUCAUGGGCGAGGCCAAUUGUCAAUUUAUUGUCAAGCUUUUCAAAACCUUUAAGGAUAAGAAAUAUCUCUACAUGUUAAUGGAGUCUUGUCUUGGCGGAGAACUGUGGACUAUAUUGCGUGACAAAGGCAAUUUUGAUGAUUCCACUACACGCUUCUAUACAGCAUGUGUUGUGGAGGCCUUUGAUUAUCUGCAUUCGCGCAAUAUCAUCUAUAGAGAUUUGAAACCUGAAAAUCUGCUAUUGGACGAGAAGGGCUAUGUGAAGUUAGUGGACUUUGGUUUUGCCAAGAAAUUGCAAUCGGGUCGCAAGACCUGGACCUUCUGUGGCACACCGGAGUAUGUAGCACCUGAGGUUAUACUAAAUCGUGGCCAUGACAUUAGUGCAGAUUAUUGGUCUUUGGGUGUUUUAAUGUUUGAACUGUUGACAGGCACCCCACCAUUUACCGGCUCAGAUCCUAUGCGUACCUAUAACAUUAUUCUAAAGGGCAUUGAUGCCAUAGAAUUCCCCCGCAAUAUUACAAGCAAUGCCCGCAAUCUUAUCAAGAAGCUGUGUCGCGAUAACCCUGCCGAACGUUUGGGCUAUCAGCGUGGUGGUAUUAGUGAAAUACAAAAACAUAAAUGGUUUGAUGGUUUCUAUUGGUGGGGUCUACAAAAUCGCACUCUUGAGCCGCCCAUUAAACCCACAGUGAAGAGUGUAACUGACACCACCAAUUUCGAUGAUUAUCCUCCCGAUCCAGAGGGUCCACCACCAGAUGAUGUCACAGGAUGGGAUAAAGAUUUUUAAAUUUUUAGUAAUUAUACAAAUUUAAAAAAAAAAUCAUCAUCAUCAUCAUCAAGAGAGCAAAAAAAACACGGAUUUAUUUUUUUUCUAAAGCCAUAUUUAAAUAAGUUGUAAUUUUUGUAAUGUGGCGUUUGCAAAGAAAAACAAAAGCCACAAAAAUCAAAAGAGAGAAAGAAAUGUCUUCCAGCUACAAGUUAAACAAACAAAAAACCGAAAUCAAAUGGAAGGAUGCAAUACUACUACUACUACUACUCUACAACUAUUAGUGAUAAUAAAUUCUAACCCUUAAAAGCAUAUCAAUUAAAAAAAACUACAAAAAUUCUUUGUUUAUAUAUGAAUACAACUUAUAUUUUAUGUGUAUUUUUUUGUUAUUGUUAAAAGUUUAGAAGAAAGAAAAAAAAACAAAGAACAAAAAAUCGCUAAAACAAAAAGGGAUUUAGUUCUAUACAGCAAAUAAAAAAAGAAACAAAUAAAAUUUAGAAAAAAAAACUUUGAGCGCAACUUCAUAAAGCCUUAUUAGUUUCUUUGUUUAUGUAUUUUUAAGUUUUUUCUAUUUUAAUUCAAAGCAAAUAAACAGUCAAUUUUGUGUAGAACAAUUCAAAUGCAUCCAAUCAAUGUCCCCAAACCGACAUUUUACGAAAAGAUCACAUACAACAGCUCAUAUAUGCAUUAGAAGGUUCACAUGGCUUUUUUUCUGAUUAAGAAUUAAAAACAAAAUUUCGUAUAUAUUUCUGUUUUGAUUAUUUAUAAAGAAACUUAUAUAAAUCUAUUUCUAUUAUUGUACUACUUCUACUUCUUCUUCUUUAACUACUUUUAUUAACAUCUAUCGUAUCUAUUAUCGUAUUGUGUAUCUGUAUGUAACUACGUAUGUAUCUAUAUUUGUAAGCAGUUAUUUUUACAGAUUUUAUUUAGAUAUGAAAAAAUAAUAAUUUUAAUAAUA